AUGAGUAAUCAGCCUCAAGGGCACUAUAAUGCCUUUUUCAAUAACUUAAUGGACGGAGUAGACUCUUCAGACGAUGAACAGGAGGCAGAGGAUUCACAGCCAUUACAACAGACUACCACUCAAGCAUCUCGACCUCUUGCUUGCAGUCUUAACUGGGAUGCACAAGAUAAUAUUCAAAAAGAUAUUGCUAAUAAUUUGGCAGAGCCACAUCAUGAAGAGCAACUAGAAAUUUUAAAGGGAGAUCCGGCACCUGUAGAACUACCCCAAGAUAAACUAGUCUCAGAUCAAGUAGUUUCAUCAGAGCCAGUUUCAGCUGAGCCAGAACCGAGAGAAGAACCAACUUUGGAAAUAAAUAAAGAGCCUAAAAUAAAGCAAAUGGAAGAACAGAAAGUACGAGCACCUGUGCCUGUACCUCGGCCUGCUCCUAAGAAGAAAGCUACAAUAAAUAGGAAUAGGGCUCCUGUCUUGCCUUCAUCAUUAUUUGGAGAGGUUCCAACUACAGCAUUCUCUGCUUCCAUCCCCAUUCCUGAAGAGAAGCAGACAAAGGAAGAGUACAAAGAGCCAGUUAUAGAGGAGCCUAAGGAUACUAGAGUUGAAGAGCCUAAAGAGUCUAUUGCAGAAAUGUUUCAGCAGCCAUUAGCCGAAGAACAGAAGACUUUAAUAACUCAAGAAACUAGAAGGGACUCUGACAAAUUUGAGACUAUUCGGAUUGACAAGGAAAAAUCCCCUGAGCAAGUACAAAGAAAGCCUCCUCCCAAGGGCUUAUUUGACUCAAUAGCAAACUUCAUUAUGAAUAAUGAUGAAAGUGAAGAGGAGAAACAGGAUGAACAAGUUGUUGCCAAACAGGAAGUUAACAAACAAGAGCAUGUUCCUGAACCAGUCCAAGAACACUCUGAAGCCGAACAAAAUUUACCAGAUGAGCAAACUCAACAACCAGAAGAGGGAUACCAGGAAAUCCAUUCAGAAGAGGGAUCUGAAGAGAUACUUGGAGAAGAAGAUGAUGAAGAUAGUGAACAUUCUCAAGAUGAACAUCAAGUCAGCCAAGCAAAUACUAUCCCACAAGAAUUGCUCGAUUUUACCCAACAAGAGACUGAUUCUAUAGUGGAGAUUACUCAAAAAGAGGCUAUUACUGCACAAGCGAUUAAUGAGAUCAGUUAUAGCAUAGAGGAGUCUCCUGCUAAAUAAUGAAGUUGAGCAAGAAGAUGUAAAAGAGCCUGAGCAGCCUAGCUCCAAAGAUCAGAUGUCGAAACCACCUAAGUUUAGUUCUCGGCCACCUCCUUUCAAAGCUUCAAAUAUGUUUUCAAUCUCAAACAAGAUAAGGAAGGUACAGAAGUACAUUGCUCCUGAGUUUAUGGAACAAGAGAAUUCAAAGGCAGCACCUCCAAAAUUUGAUUCGGCUGUUUCUACAAAGCCAAAAUUACAAAGGGAGACUCCUUCUGUAUUCAGACCUACAGCACCUCCAGUCGAUAACACCCCUGUUGUAGAGGAGGAGGUACCUGCUCCAGCUGCUGAGAUAUCAGAGAAGAUUUCGACAAAAAUUGCUAGAGAAGUAGCCCAAAAGUCUCUAACUCACGAAGGGAAAAGUAUUUUCUGUGCUCAAGAUCCCCAAAGGAAAAAGAAUCUAAACCAGUACCGUAAUAUAUUAAGGAAAGUAACAAUGGACGCAUGCAACAAUAAUGAGAGCGAAGAAGAUCUCCUUUUCUGGCAAAUUAUAGAACUUUUAAUGAAUAUUAAUACAAAUCUCUUUAAACCUUCUCAAGGGAUCGAAUCUGGUAUCAGAGAGCAGAUCAUCAACCUUCUUUCCGAGAAUAUUGAUGUUGACAAUACAGAGGAAUUUAAAUUAAGCUCAACUAGCACAAUGGAUGACACCAGUGACAAGAUUCUUAGCAAUAUCCGAAACGGAGAGUCACCAGUGAAUGUUCUCCUACAAGAGUUGGUCAAAAACCCUCAGUUCAUUGGUGAAGACAUGAACUCAUUGCUGCUGAUUUUUAGUUCAGUCUUCCUCUCCAAAGAUGAGUACGAAAACAUGGUUAAGAAUUAUGUUAAAAAGGUGUUGGAUGCCAAAGACACUUUGUAUAUAUUAUUAAUGAUCUGUAUCAACAAGGCUCAUGAGCUCAAAGAAGAAGAUUUGCUUAACAAUUGGGUGACUACCUUCACUAUGGUAGUCCUGAGUAUCCUAAACCCUGGGGGUGUCGAAACAAUAGAGCCAAAGCAGACUCUAAUAUACUUUGAUAAGCUUGGAUCAUCUUUAUUUAAAAGAAAUAGGAACCCUCAGGAAAGACUUAUUGGUCUGUUCUUUAUAUUUACUGCCAAGCAGCAAGAGUUAUUCCAAUUUUUGGUAGAAAAUAAUAAGAAUAGCUGGAGAAACGAGCUAAACAUAAACCUGUUAUGAACUAUUGACAACUUUUUCAAUGAGAAAGAUCCUGACUCUUAUGAAAUCACUAGCUUGAAGCUAGCGUAUUACAGAGCUGACAUCAUCUUCACUUCUAGUGAAAAUGACAAUCAAUUCUGUAUGGAGCUUCUCAAGUGGGUUUUGAGCAGAAGUUUAUACCUGAAGAAUGUCAAUUGAGAAAAUACAGUAAAGGAUGCUGAGGAUCUACAAAGAAGAAUCAUUGCCAAAUACCCAGAGUAUCAACAAGUUCAUGAUCAGUCUAGGCAGCCUCCCAGGCUGCCUAGCGAUCAGAACAAGUCAAUGCUCUCUGGCUUAUUCGAAGGAUUUGGCUUAUAGUCCUCCCAGAGUAUGACCCAAUUGUUUAGUUGUUCCUCCAAAUUUGAAUUUUUUGUUC